AUGGAAAUAUUAAAUGUGGCCUUACUUAGCAAAUGGAAAUGGCGUAUUCUUACUGAUAGAGAUGCGGUUUGGCGAGAUCUUUUAGAAGAGCGGUACGGAAAUGUGAAGCUUAAGGUUUUGGUAGGAGAUGUCUCGGUAGUGGACAACAAGGAUUCAAUAUGGUGGAGAGAUCUCAUAUUGUCGGAUAACUAUGAAAAUCUUCUUGUGGAUAAUUUCUCUAGUGUCAUCCGAGUCAAAGUGGGUAGCGGGGACUCUACUCCGUUGUGGUAUGCGGAUUGGACGGGGAAGCAAUCUUUAAUGAAAAUCUUUCCUUCUCUGUUUUCAUUGGCCGCUAAUCAUUUGCUACAGGUAUCUGCUGCUGGCACAUUCUUGGAGGGGUGCUGGAACUGGAAUUUUAGAUCUCUGUUCACAGUAGAGGGUGUUGUUCCGGUUCUGCAAAGGGAGGGCACGGUUCUGCAGCCGGAUGCUGCUGUCAUCGGUUCUGCUAGUGCUGCUCCCUCUGUCAUGCAGCAACAGGUUUAUCCGUUUUUGACAGAUUCUGACCCGGCCGACGCUGUUCUAGUAAAUGCUAUGCAAGCGUUUCGUACCGAAAUGGAUAACUACAGUUUAAAGAAGGAUGAAGAUGAUUCAUUCAGUUGGAGGCUUAAUUCGGAAGGAGUUUUCACGGUUAAAUCUUGUUACGACUUUUUCAAAGGAAAGCUUUCGGGUCCGCCGUUGGCCGAAGAGAAGGUUAGGGCCCUCAUUCAUCUUUGGAAUUUAAAAGUGCCAUCUAGAAUUCAAUUUUUUUGUUGGCGAUUUAUCCACAAUAGAAUUGCAACAAAAGACAACUUAGUGAGCCGUGGAAUAUUGAAUGAAGGGGAAGAUUCUUUGUGUGUUUUAUGUUCGAAGGAGGAGGAAAACAUUGUGCAUCUCUUCUCUAAUUGUGAAGUGUCUAUCGGAAUUUGGCGUAGAGUCUUCAUGUGGCUUGGAGGUGGGGAUUUUUUGUCUUUGGAAGAUUUCAUGGACUUCUUCUACAAUUGUUCCAAGAUUAAGUGUCCAUCUAAAAGAGUCAUAAUGGCGGUGGUUUGGAUAACAACGAUUUGGACUUUAUGGUUAAAGCGUAAUGCAAUUGUUUUUAGAAGUGAGUCCUUUAGUUUCAUAGAAUGCAUGUCGGAGAUAGUUAUGGUCUCUUGGAGUUGGUUAAUCUCUUUUUAUAAGAAAUUGCCUUGUUGUAAUUUUUAUGGUUGGAAUACUCAACCUCUUUUGUGUUUUGUUGAGUAA